GAUGGAGACAGCGGGAACGUCUCCCGGCUGCCGGUCCGGGUGAAGCGGGGCGGGAGCCAGAGCUGGUCAAGAAGCGCAGGUUCGGCGGCCGCCUGCCCGCCCCUCACCUUCGCAGGUGGCACGACCAUGGCUACGAUGGUACUUCCGCGGGAGGAGAAACUGACCCAGGAUGAGAUCGUGCUGGGCACCAAGGCUGUCAUCCAAGGACUAGAGACCCUGCGCGGGGAGCAUCGUGCCUUGCUAGCUCCCCUGACCUCUCAUGAGGCCGGCGAUGCCGAGCCUGGUUCCCAGGAGCGCUGCCACCUCCUGCGACGCUCCCUGGAGGCCAUCGAGCUGGGACUAGGGGAAGCCCAGGUGAUCCUGGCACUGUCAAGCCAUCUGGGUGCUGUAGAGUCAGAGAAGCAGAAGUUGCGGGCUCAGGUGCGGCGCCUGGUGCAGGAGAACCAGUGGCUGCGUGAGGAGCUGGCAGGGACACAGCAGAAGCUGCAGCACAGCGAGCAGGCAGUGGCCCAGCUGGAAGAGGAGAAGCAGCACCUGCUGUUCAUGAGCCAGAUCCGCAAGCUGGAUGAGGACACCUCCCCUAAUGAAGAGAAGGGAGAUGUCCCCAAAGAUUCUCUAGACGACCUGUUCCCCAAUGAGGAUGAGCAGAGCCCAGCCCCCAGCCCUGGAGGAGGGGAUGUGGCUGCCCAGCAUGGGGGCUAUGAAAUCCCAGCACGACUUCGCACCCUGCACAACCUGGUGAUCCAGUAUGCGUCUCAGGGCCGCUAUGAGGUGGCUGUGCCACUCUGCAAGCAGGCACUGGAGGACUUGGAGAAGACAUCAGGCCACGACCACCCUGACGUGGCCACCAUGCUGAACAUCCUGGCUCUGGUCUAUCGGGACCAGAACAAGUACAAGGAGGCUGCCCACCUGCUCAAUGAUGCCCUGGCUAUCCGGGAGAAGACACUGGGCAAGGACCACCCAGCUGUUGCUGCAACACUAAACAAUCUGGCUGUUCUGUAUGGCAAGCGGGGCAAGUACAAGGAGGCUGAGCCACUGUGCAAGCGGGCACUGGAGAUCCGGGAGAAGGUCCUGGGCAAGUUUCACCCAGACGUAGCCAAGCAGCUCAGCAACCUGGCCUUGCUGUGCCAGAACCAGGGCAAAGCAGAGGAGGUGGAAUACUACUACCGGCGGGCACUGGAGAUCUACGCCACGCGCCUGGGGCCUGAUGACCCCAAUGUGGCCAAAACCAAGAAUAACCUGGCUUCCUGCUACCUGAAACAGGGCAAAUACCAGGACGCAGAGACCCUGUACAAGGAGAUCCUCACCCGGGCACAUGAGAAGGAGUUUGGUUCUGUCAAUGGAGACAACAAGCCCAUUUGGAUGCAUGCAGAGGAACGGGAGGAGAGCAAGGAUAAGCGCCGGGACAGCGCCCCCUAUGGGGAAUAUGGCAGCUGGUACAAGGCUUGUAAGGUUGACAGCCCCACAGUCAACACCACCCUGCGCAGCUUGGGCGCCUUGUACCGGCGCCAGGGCAAGCUGGAGGCUGCACACACACUGGAGGACUGUGCCAGCCGCAGCCGGAAGCAGGGCUUGGACCCUGCGAGCCAGACCAAGGUGGUAGAGCUGCUGAAAGAUGGCAGUGGUGGGCGGGGAGGCUGCCGUGCCACCCGAGAUGCAACUGGAGGUGCUGGGCCUCGGUCUGAGUCUGACCUGGAGGAGGCAGGACCUGCAGCUGAGUGGAGCGGGGAUGGCAGUGGCUCCUUGCGACGCAGUGGCUCCUUUGGGAAGCUCCGGGAUGCCCUGAGGCGCAGCAGUGAGAUGCUGGUGAAGAAGCUGCAGGGGGGCAGUCCGCAGGAGCCCCCUAACCCCAGGAUGAAGCGGGCCAGUUCCCUCAACUUCCUCAACAAGAGCGUGGAAGAGCCAGUCCAGCCUGGAGGCACAGGUCUUUCUGACAGCCGCACACUCAGCUCUAGCUCCAUGGACCUCUCAAGACGAAGCUCCCUUGUGGGCUAAUCCUGAAGGAGCAGCCAGUCGCCAGAGCCUCCAUCCAGCGCAUCCUCUCCCCAAGCCCUGCGCAUGGGCCUGCUGCUUGUCCUGCCUGUCUCCCCCACAGACCCUUGUCUUUUCUGUUCAAACUCAGGGUAACCUCCUCCCAUUUCAUCUCAGCCUGAGCCCUGGAGGCUGGGCCUGCCCACCCCAGCUCUACUCUGUAUUUAUUCCUUCUAGCAGGGCCCCUCUUCCCUAGAUUCUGGCCAGCAGGAGGGGCUGGCCGGAGUCUCCAAGAGAAGACUCCAGAGUCAAGAACAAUAAGCACCUGCUGCCCCACCACUAUCCCUACCCUCACCCCCAUCCGGCCGUUGCUUCUGUAUAUAAAGAAAUAAGUUAUUGGCCGCGCCUCUACCCUCAGACCGAGGUACUCCUUGGGCCUCCCCUCGCCCCGCCCUUCUCCAGUGGUACCGCCCAGGCCUUAAUCACCCACAUUCCGCGCGGUGGUAUCUCCCAGGCUCCUGUUCUUAGGAGCAGCGCCUCCCGAAAUGGUUCUUUGGACCGUUUUUUGCGCUCCUGGCCUUCGAGGGAUGCGCCCCACCUCGCCUUGGCCCUUACCCCAGGACGGCAGGCCCUAGGCUCGCCGUCUCACCCACAGCCGGGCACUGCCCUGCAUCCCGGCCUUAUGCACUGCCCCUCCCGCCCAGGCACGGCCUGACCCCGCCCAGGGCACCGCCCCUCAAGCCAUCCUGUCACGCCGCCUCCCACUCCCGCAGCUUCUCGCGGUGGGCUAGUCACGGCCCCCGGUGGCAGGAGGGACCGCCCCACAGGGGGUGGGGGUUCGAAGCGGUCGCUCUUUAUUUUCAGAUGUUGCUGUAGAAAUAAAGAUGGUUUGAAUCUGA